AUGGUUGACCUAUUCGAUUUUGACAAACAGCAAGCACGGCUGUUGCGCCGUAAUCAGCCAAACGACCAUAUCACGCCAACACUCCCUCCUUUGGAAUGCCUUCGAGCAGCCGAAACUAGCCUUCCAGAUGAGGCUCUAUCGGAUUAUUUAUCUGGGUCGUCGCAAAAAUCUGUCCUAGAGCAUGUAACAAAGGACAUAGUCCCAGCUCUGAGUGGCCAGGCUCUGUCGUCUCGUUAUUAUGGUUUCGUUACAGGUGGGACACUACCUAUAGCCGAAUGGGCAGACAAUGUCGUGUCUCGCUUGGAUCAGAAUGUUCAGGUACACUUACCUGACCAAACAAUAUCCACAACAGUUGAAGAUUCCGCUCUACGGAUGCUGAUAUCUUUGUUGAGACUCGGGAAUGCCGAAGACUGGACAGGAAGGACGUUUACUACUGGGGCGACCGCUAGCAACAUUCUCGGCUUGGCAUGCGGAAGAGAAGCAGUUCUGGCAAACAAGUUACAGGAAGCCAGUGUUGGAGAUCUGGGCCUCUUGGCAGCGUGCUUCCAAGCAGGCGUCAAAGACAUUCAGUUGUUGACAAGUGCUGGGCACAGUUCUCUGAGCAAAGCUGCCAGUGUGGUUGGACUGGGGCGAGCUUCCGUCAAAUCACUGAGGCGUAGCAGAGAUGAGCCCUGGAGACUAGACCUCGACGCCUUGGAAGAGAGCCUGCAGCAAACAGGCACCCUCAGCAUCAUUGUGUUGAGUGCUGGAGAAGUGAAUACUGGUCGCUAUAGUGUAAGUGGAAUCGAGGAGAUGAAGAGAGUGAGAGAGCUGGCCGACCGUUUCGGAUCGUGGAUUCAUGUCGAUGGCGCGUUUGGUAUCUUCGCUCGCGCGAUGGGAUCUGAAAGGGAAUAUGAUCUCAUUAAAAGCAGGAUUGAAGGUGUUGAACUGGCCGACAGUAUCACAGUUGAUGGCCACAAGAUUCUGAAUGUACCAUACGACUGUGGAAUGUUCUUUACCAAGUCUGCUUCUACUUUACAUUCGGUCUUUGUCAACCUAAACGCCGCAUACCUAGCGUCUACAUCUGGAGCUAAAAUUCCAUCACCUCUGAACAUUGGCCUGGAAAAUUCUCGACGAUUCCGUGCCUUGCCGGUUUAUGCAGUUCUUCUUAGUGAAGGGAGACCUGGAUUUGCCACCCUGCUCUCCAAUAUGGUCCAACUCUCGCGCCGAGUCGCCCAGUUUAUUCAAGAAUCUGAACACUAUGAGCUGCUUCCUGAUGCAGAUGCCUCUCUAGAAGAGAUUUUCAUGAUUGUCUUAUUCCGAGCUAAGAACAAGACAAUCAAUGAGACUCUUGUUGAUAUGAUCAAUAGUUCUAGACAGAUUUAUGUGAGCGGGACGGUUUGGAAGGGUACAAAAGCGGUGAGAAUAGCAGUGUCGCAUUGGAAAGUUGAUGUAUCCAAGGAUUUUGAAGUGAUUACCUCCGUUUUGAACGGAGUGAUCAAUUAG